GCAAACAACAAAAUUGCAGCAGGUACAAGCACAUUUAACUCUGCUCUCUUCAUAAGAACCAACCAUUCACAGAUCUAUUUAAAACACACAAACCACACAACAUGUUCUUCCAUUCUUCAUUCCACAGAGUAAGAUAAACAGUGACAAAAAUGGAGAAAAUGAAGAAGGUUUUCAUAGUGAUUCUAGUGAUAACUUUGAUGAAAGAGCACCACCAUCAAGUUGAAGCAGUGGGAGGAGGCUUCAUUAGGACCAGAGGACUUCACUUUGUGCUCAAUGGCAACCCAUUCUUUGCUAAUGGCUUCAAUGCUUACUGGUUGAUGUCCUUUGCUUCAGACCCUGCACAAAGAUCCAAGGUCUCCUCUGCUUUCCAACAAGCUUCCAUCCAUGGUCUCACUGUUGCUAGAACUUGGGCUUUCAGUGAUGGUGGUGGUGGCUCCACUGCCCUCCAGUACUCCCCUGGCUCCUACAAUGAACAAAUGUUCCAGGGAAUGGAUUUUGUGGUCUCUGAAGCAAGGAAGUAUGGACUUAAACUUAUCCUUAGUUUGGUGAAUAACUAUGAUAACUUUGGUGGAAAGAAGCAGUAUGUUCAAUGGGCUAGAAAUCAAGGACAGUACAUUCAGUCUGAUGAUGAGUUCUUCACUAAUCCUCUUGUUAAAAGCUUUUACAAGAAUCAUGUUAAGACUGUUCUUUCAAGAAUCAAUUCAAUUACUGGAGUUGCUUACAAGGAUGAUCCAACAAUCUUUGCCUGGGAGCUUAUGAAUGAGCCUAGAUGUCCAUCAGAUCUCUCAGGAAGAAGCAUUCAGGCAUGGAUUACUGAAAUGGCUGCUCAUGUGAAAUCUAUAGACAGUAAUCACUUGCUUGAAGCUGGUUUGGAAGGGUUCUACGGGCAAUCGUCGUCAAGGAUGUUACAAUCCAACCCUGGUUUCCAAAUAGGGACUGAUUUCAUAUCUAACAAUUUGAUCUCCGGCAUCGAUUUUGCCACUGUCCAUUCAUAUCCUGAUCAAUGGAUGACUAGUGCAAAUGAUCAAACACAGCUUUCGUUCUUGAACAAUUGGCUUGACAUACACAUUCAAGAUGCCCGCAAUGUUCUUCGUAAGCCAUUGCUGCUAACGGAGUUUGGAAAGUCAUGGAAAGACCCGGGAUAUAGUAAUAGCCAAAGGGAUGCAUUGUUCAGUAUCGUGUACUCGAAAAUUUACUAUUCUGCUAGAACUGGAGGUGCAACUGCUGGUGGCCUCUUUUGGCAACUCCUGGCUCAAGGAAUGGAUUCAUACAGAGAUGGAUAUGAAAUCAUAUUGAAUGAGAACACUUCGACAAAUAACAUAAUCACUAGUCAGUGUCGCAAGCUUCGAUAUCUCGGGAAAUUGUUCACCCGUGCAAGGAACAUUGAGAGGUUGAAGAGAGCCAAGGCUAUCAGAAACAAUCAAUGGCGAGCUAGUGACAAAGGAAAAGGUGCAGGAAACUAAGCUUUCAGUUGAUGCAUGAGAACAGUUUUUAAGUAUCUUAAGUAAACCGUGUAUAACUGUUUGUGUUCUCUUUGUGAUGUUUCUAAGUUCAUCCAGGAGAGAGAUGUUUUUAUUGUUUGAAUUCUGUCAGAAUUUGGAAGCUAUUAUUAAAUGUUUGCAGAGUUUGA